AUGUACCCUGUUAGGUCGCUGGUCUCCUUGCGAUCCCAGAGGAUGCUCGUUAGGACUUAUGCGCCUCUUUUACGGCAGCAGCAGAUCGAUGAGGCUGAAAUAAUGGCGAAAGACCUCACCAAUAAAUCUUACGCUUCUAAGCGUAACAAGCUAGAUUAUUCGUGGCAAGAGAAGUCCCAGAAACAAAUCGAAGAUGAAUAUAACGACAGAAUGGAAAAAAUGGCGAAAUUAUCUGCAAUGUUCCAAGGCCUCUUCGUAGUUUUUGGAGUUGCUGCUGCUGCUACCUUAUAUUAUAAGUGGCCUUCCAUCAAGGGUUGGUGGAUGAUGAGGGAUAUGAGGGUUGAAGACAAUGUCAUUGAGAAAUUGACGGCGUCUAAGAAAAAGAAGUCGCUGAAGGAAAUUCCAAUAGUUGCUGCAUCGGAACCAGCUGGUGAUGUUCCUGGCGUUUAUUACUGGGGGAAAAGACUUGGAGAAGAUAACUCAGCAAGCAGAUUUCCUCUGCGAGUGCCGUGGUUUGAUAACAAGUACUUGUUGGACAUUGCAUUGGCACCCAAGGGAAUGAAUUUGGCCAUUGAUGAAAACGGCGAUCUAUUCUCAUGGGAUACCAGGUCUUGUAAACGGCUUCUAUCCGGACAAAAUCUGGUUAAAGUAGCGAUUUCUAAUAACGUGGGAUAUGCAUUAAACAAGCGGGGUGAACUUUUGGUAAUUCCGCAUAAUAAUGCUAAGCUCGUAGAAGAUCAUACUUCAUCUCGUCGAUCCUGGCUUUUACCCUACAAGCUUCGAUACUACUACGACUGGAAAAUAGACACUACAGAUGCAUUUGCUUCUGCUAAAGGCUCCAAGAUCGUGCAGUUUUCUGUGGGGAAAGAGCACUUGGUGUUUAUUACCAAUAAUGGCAGGGCUUACUCAUGUGCAACGGGGGUCGGCCAGACUGCAAAUUCCAGGUCUAAAGGUCAGUUUGGAAUACCAACAUUCUCUCAGUUUGACAGAUUUCCCGACCGGAACAAGGCUUAUGAGAUAGAGCUCCUAAAUAACACGGUUACUGCAGAAGGAAACGUCAAACAGAGGAUAAUCAAACAAGUGUCGUGCGGCAAUUAUCACACUCUGGCGGUCACAGCUACUGGAGAACUUUAUGGGUUUGGAUCCAAUACAUACGGUCAGUUAGGCUUGCCAAUCUCAUAUGAUAUGGAAUACGUUUCCUUCCCUAGAAGAGUGGUAAAUUUUAGAGCCUACUUACCUACUGACCAUGUUAGCUGUAUCGAAGCACAAUGUGGUGGAGAUACCUCGAUUAUAGCAAUGCUCUCGCAUACAAUGCAAGAUUUUCAGGCUAAUAAACUUGGUGACAAUCCUGCUACGAUCCAGAAGAAACCAAUCUAUUUCGCGUUUGGUAACGGAAUUCACGGCCAACAUGGAAACGGCCAUUAUGCACACUCACGAAACGAAGCAACUAUUGUAAAGCUCGAGAAAGCCUUAGAAAACCAAGCUGAUAAAGAAGUUAAUGUCGAUACCUUGCAUUGCGGCGGAAAACACGUCAUGUGCAAGCUAACUAACGGAAACGUCCUCACUUGGGGUGGUAACGAUAGCGGUCAGCUUGGCAACUGGAAAAAAAUCCAAUCAGCCCAACCAAUUCCUAUUCCUGCCCUAAUUGAACCCGGUGUCGACUACUCUAAGGAACCAUCACUCGCCCUCACCAGCUCGCUACAGUUGAGCGAACAUCAAAGGCUCGCACUGGGGGAAUCAUCCUCUUGUAUUUAUUGGAAAAGAUAG